GAGCUCUUGAAUAGACGCCCCGUCGCCCCCGGUUUGAUGACACUGCGCAUGUGCGCUGCUGACUGGCAGUAAUCCGCUGGGCAGCCAGAGAUUGCAUCUGCGCGCGCUGCCCUUAUCAUCGAGCCAGUGAAAACCCGAGAGAAGAGAAAAAACAUGAAUAUAAUGCAAUGAAAACAACCUUCCCUGCAAAGACCAACAUCAAGGUCGCGCACACGCACACAGUCGCGCACACAGGACUGUGUUGGAGUGAUGCACUGUGGGUAGUGGUGUGUGUGUGUGGACGUCUGUAAACCGGAGCCUUCGGGCUGCAGCAUCUUGGACAGGGGCAUAAUGGAAAGAAAACGCCAGUUUGGGACCGGUGGGAAACAAUCGAUCUGGAAGCUCACCAAAUCCUGACGGACUCGUUCACAUCUGGACGUUAAAACGCAUCGUGGGUUCUCAUGCGGGGCGGCUUUGCCCUCCAGAAAAUAUCCCGAACGGGUGAACAUUGAGCUCGAGAAGGAAAUCGGACAGACUGCUGAACUGAGAAACGUUUUUUUAUUAUCAUUAUUUAAACGACUUGUUUCGCCAACGCGUCCUACCAAUCAAGCCUUUUAUCCAUGAAACACUGCUGUCUGUCUUUUUAAACCACUGAGACUCCAGUAGAUCAUCCAAGGCCUUAUACACAGUGUCUCUUCUAAAACUACAACGAUAUUUUUUAUGUCGCUUGGGACAAGGAAUAUUGGUGCCUCUGCCUGCACGCUGCACUGUUUUCUCUGUGGAUGGUAGUAGCCUAGUGUCACCCAAAAAAAUCAGUUGACCCGUUUGCCUUUAUGUAGCCCACAUUGACUUCGAUAGAAUAGUUAGCAACCAAAGUAUUUAACAUGCAUGUAGAUGUACUGUAGCGAUCAGAAACCUGUAUCUUUUGUCCAGUUUUUACUACAGACCGUUAUCGGACGCGAUUUCUCGCUCAUGCGUAUUUCAGUGUAGCAGUAAUAAAAGUCGAGCAGAAGCGGAACCUCCGGUUGUCUCCGAGGAGGCAGCUCUUCCUGAAAGUGAGCAGGGUGUGCAUGGGGGAAGGAAGGGGUUAUCCGCGGGUCUGUGGUGCCUGAUAGAUGGCAAAUAUCUAGCUGUUUUGAGGAGAAUCCGCAGUUUAUCCUUCGCAUCCUCCCUUGACCCAGUCUGGAUUUGACAAGCGAGACGGGACGCCGAUUUCUAAUCGCUUCAAACUACCCUCACCUCUCCCUGUCUUCCAACGAGAGUCCCUAUUUGAAGCCCCCUCUACUCAAGCUGUGUUGUUGUGUUUUACCAUCACAGCUGGAUUGCUGUUUGAAAAGAGAAAAAGAGCCGGAUUUUUUUUGUUGGCAUGCAUUUAAACUUGCGACACAUGCAAGCGGUGGAAUAGACAUUCCAUUAAAAGACUGAAACCGUAUCCGCGAAGGAGUGGGCUUGGGACAGUCUGCGCGUGAUAGCCAGUAAUCCCCGCAGCAGCUGGAGAAAGAUGAGCCUGGGUCAUACCGACAGCGCCAGAGAGUUUUCGUUGAAGCAGCAAGACAUGCAUUCUGAAGCGCUCGGAGUGUAGCACAGGCGUUUUAACCCUGUGCGUGUGUCUAAAUGCUUUAUGGUUCUCUUUCCAUUGCUAUACAACCUGUAUGGCCAGAGAAACACAUCAGCAAGAGAAUCUGUUGACAACCUGAGGCUCUCUAUGAUCAUGACCUGAGUCAGUUGCACUUUCUUUGGAGAUUACAACUCUAAUGCUUGUCAUUUUUUCUGGACUAUUGGUUGCAAUUUUUCUUUUUCCGGAACAUUCUGUGUUUUACGAAAAAUAUUUGGGAGACUGAAGGUUGUUGGACUGUUAGUCUGUUGCAAGGCCUUCUGACCUCCACUGUCGCUCACAUUCAUUGAGUGACUUCAGUCCGUCCACUGGGUCAUGGAGUGGGGCUUCAGGAUGAUCGAGAACACAUGACUCUCUGUGGCUCCUGCACUGGUGUAUGAGCGCGAGCGGGACUGAGAGAGAGCGAGAGUGUGUGUGCACUCAGGACUGAGCAUCCCCUCACCCCUCCAGGGGAGGAAACAGAAAGAAGUUGGCCAAUAUUUGCCCUGUCACCGGGGUAAACGCGUUGCACGGAGCUUGCUCGUCGGCUGUCGUGGCGAUGGGAAGUUCAGCCUCUUCGCUCACAGCGGAGACCGAGUCGGAACACGGGUUCCGUCCGACACCUUACCCGGGCGCCCCGUCUGUAGGCUGGCUGAGGAACAGCCACAGCAGCCCGGUGUGGGGGACCACCUUCAUCACACGUCAGCAACAGAACCCUCCUAUACCACACAGAGAGCGCAGUCACUCUCACUCCCCGGGCUCCAUGGCGGCGGUGGUGCGCGGCAGCGGCGAGUGGUCGUGCGGCCGCUGCACCUUCCUGAACGCGGGCGGCUCGCCGCGCUGCUCCAUCUGCGAGGCGCCGCGGCAGAAGCCCGACCUCAACCACAUCCUGCGGCUGAGCGCCGCCGAGGAGCCGCGCUGGGCCUGCGCCCGCUGCACCCUCACCAACCCGCACGCCGCCGCCGCCUGCUCCGUCUGCGGGGCCGCCGCGCCCACCAACGGCCCGCAGCUGGCGCUGCCCCAGGUGCCCCCGCCGAUGCCGCCGAUGCCGCUGCUGAUGCCCUCCUCCUCGGCGCCGAUGCCCAAGGUGGCCGCGGUGUCGUCCGUCGCCGUGCCGCAGGAGCCGUCGGCCACGCCCAGCCCCGGGGAGACCACGCCCGUGGGCGAGGAGCCGUGUCGGCGGGUGGAGGCCUGCUCGAACGGAGAGGUGGUGGAGGUGGGCUUCAUCGUGGGCGUGGGUGGCGGCGGCGGCGGCGGUGGCAUGGGCUGGGCGUGCCCGCGGUGUACGCUGCACAAUACGCCCGUGGCCAUGUCGUGCUCUGCGUGUGGGGGACCCCGUAAGCUCUCCCUGCCCAAGAUCCCCCCCGAGGCCCUGGUGGUGCCCGAGGUUCGGACGCCCGUGCUGGGCUUCCCUGGACCCUCCUCUUCCUCGUCGUCCUCCUCCUCCGGCGCCGUCGCCAUCGGCCAGACCACGCCCCUCAUCGACCUCACGGACGACACGCCCCUCCCGCCCACGCCCGAGCCGGUGGUCACGCCCCUGUCGUCGUCGUCGUCGUCGUCGUCCUCGCUCCCGCCCGCCUCGCUCCAGAACAACCCCGUCCCGCGCAGCCGGCGCGAGGUGCCGCCGCCGAGCAGACAGUCGGGCGCCGACGCCAACGCCAAGCACGGGCAGCACGGGCAGCACGCGCCCUCCGCCACCGUGGAGCCGCUGCUGGGCAAGCGCCUGAGCGUGCUGGAGGAGGAGGACGCCCACCCGCACGCGCACCCUCACUCGUCACACGCGCACGGGCACGGGCCGGUCACCUCGCCGCCCUCCUGGAAGUGCCCGGGGUGCUCGGGUCUCGGCAGCGGGCGCUGCGACGCCUGCCGCUCCACCAUCCGCUCCACGUCGUCCACGGCGACCACCUCCUCGUCUUCGUCGUCGUCGUCGGCGUCGUCGGCGGCGACGUCGGCGGGGGACGUGAUCGACCUGGUGGGCGAGUCGGUGCGCUUCACGCCGGCGUCGCCCUCCAGCCCGGACUUCAGCUCGUGGACGUGCUCCAAGUGCACGCUGCGCAACCCCACCUCCACGCCCCACUGCUCCGCCUGCGGCUCCUCCAAGCUGCACGGCUUCACCGACGCCUCCUCCACCUCCUCCUCCUCCUCCUCCUCCUCCUCCAACGUCAUCUCGCGCCUCCAGCCCCAGCUCUUAGCCCGCUGCUGCGUCCACUGCGGCCUCCCCGGCCUGGCCUGCGGCUGCAAGCCGUCCUCCUCGUCCGCCUCCUCGUCCGUCACGCCCGUGGCCGCCCCGCGCAAGACCGCCCGCGUCUACCCCUCCCUCGCCUCCUCGUCCUCGCCGAACUCCCCGGCGGGCGUGGCGGGCUGCUCGCUGACGGUGGGCGGGGCGCUGGUGGCGGUGGUGGGCGGGCAGUGGGCGUGCCCGGCCUGCACGCUGCUCAACGAGGGCCGCGCCAAGCACUGCGCCGCCUGCCACACGCCGCAGCAGUACGUGACGCUGCGCAAGAUGGGCAAGCCGCUCAAGAGGCGCGAGAGCGUCCACGUGGAGGCGCGGCGACGCACCGACGAGGGCGAGGCCAAGGAGCUGUGGGAGAACAUCGUCAGCUUCUGCAGAGAGAACGCCGUAAACUUUGUCGACGACAGCUUCCCACCGGGUCCGCGCUCGGUCGGCUUCCCCGAGAGUGACAGCGUCCAGCAGCGAAUCAAGAAGUGGCUCCGCCCCCACGAGAUCAACUGCAACAACUUCAAGGAGCGCGGCGUCAAGUGGAGCGUGUUCCGGACGCCCCGCCCCUCCGACAUACUGCAAGGGCUGCUGGGAAACUGCUGGUUCCUGAGUGCGUUGGCGGUGUUGGCGGAGCGUCCUGAGCUGGUGGAGCGGGUGAUGAUCACGCGCACCAUCUGCACCGAGGGGGCCUACCAGGUGCGCCUGUGCAAGGACGGCACCUGGACCACCGUGCUGGUGGACGACAUGCUGCCCUGCGACGAGUACGGCUACCUGCUCUUCUCACAGGCCCAGCGUAGGCAGCUGUGGGUGGCCCUGAUCGAGAAGGCGCUGGCCAAGCUGCACGGCUCCUACUUUGCGCUGCAGGCGGGCCGGGCCAUCGAGGGGCUGGCCACGCUGACCGGCGCGCCCUGCGAGUCGCUCAUGCUGCAGGUCAGCUCCACCAACCCACGCGAGGAGCCCAUCGACACCGACCUCAUCUGGGCCAAGAUGCUCAGCUCCAAAGAGGCCGGGUUCCUGAUGGGCGCCUCCUGUGGGGGCGGGAACAUGAAGGUGGACGACGUCGUCUACGAAUCCCUGGGGCUCCGUCCACGCCACGCCUACUCCAUCCUGGACGUCCGGGACGUGCAGGGCUACAGGCUGCUGCGGCUCAGGAACCCCUGGGGGCGCUUCUCGUGGAACGGCAGCUGGUCGGACGAGUGGACCGACUGGCCGCAGCACCUGCGUCACGAGCUGAUGGCCCAUGGCAGCAGCGAGGGCGUCUUCUGGAUGGAGUACGGCGAUUUCAUCAAGUACUUUGACUCGGUGGACAUCUGUAAGAUCCACUCGGACUGGCACGAGGUGCGUCUGCAGGGCUGCUUCCCCAGCCGGGCCAGCGGGCCCAUCACCGUCACCUCCCUCACCGUGCUGGAGAGGACCGCCCUGGAGUUCGCCCUGUUCCAGGAGGGCAGCAGGCGCUCAGACACAGCAGACAGCCACCUGCUGGACCUGUGCAUCAUGGUGUUCCGGGCGUCGUUCGGCAGCGGGAACAAGCUGACGCUGGGCCGGCUCCUGGCCCACAGCAAGCGCGCCGUCAAGAAGUUUGUGGGCUGUGACGUCAUGCUGGAGCCCGGCGAGUACGCCGUGGUCUGCUGUGCCUUCAACCACUGGCAGAUGAACCUGGCCAGCCCCCCCACACCAGUGUCCAGUCCCACGAGUGCUCGGCGGCCCAGUCAGGACUUCCCGGGCUUCAUCCUGGCCAUCUACAGCUCGCGGCAGGUGAUGGUGGAGCAGGUGGAGGCCAGCGCCACGACCCUCGCCGACGCCAUCAUCCUGCUCACCGAGAACAAGGGCGAGAGACACGAGGGGCGAGAAGGGAUGACGUGCUACUACCUGACCCAUGGCUGGGCAGGCCUCAUCGUGGUGGUGGAGAACCGCCACCCUAAGUACUACCUCCAUGUGUCCUGUGACUGCACCGACAGCUUUAACGUGGUGUCCACCCGCGGAAGCCUGAAGACCAUAGACAGCGUCCCGCCACUGCACAGACAGGUGCUGGUGGUGCUGUCGCAGCUGGAGGGCAACGCUGGCUUCUCCAUCACCCACCGGCUGGCCCACAGGAAGGCAGCUCAGGCCUCUCUGGGAGACUGGACCCCCAGCAAGGCCACACACUCGCCCCAGCUCACCUCAGACACCGACGGACUGCACCGGCCACGGCCGCUCUGACACACACACACACACACACGCACACACACACAUGCAAACACAGACUGGCACUCCAAAAGCAUAUGUGCUCACGCACAGACACAGACAAACAAACAUGGCUGGUGUCUGUUGGCACUGACUCAUUUUCAGCGUGAACAUCCUGCCAAACACACAACUGUGCCAUGAAACGCUCACACACACACACACUUGCGGAGGUGAGGGGUUAAGUUCUGGUUGGGUGUGCUAUAACUACUGAGCCAACUACAUCUGAUUAUUUAAGCCAUAGCCACUCCUCCCUCACACACACACACACACAUACACACCCACACACAAGGCAUAAAGGCCUGUUUUACGGUACCAUGUUGAGCCAAACUUGCUUACAGAUCUCUUAAACCAUUACAUAUUUUUACUCGUAUACCAUAUUAUUACGCAGUCAUAUGUAGUCUUUAUUCAUGUGUUUACUUGUGAACGUGCGCGUGUGUGUGUGUGAGAGAGAGAGAGUGAGAGAAUGAGUGAGUGAGGGUAUGCAUAUAAAAAUGUCUGUCAGACAAGUAUAUGGGGUAUGAUCUACACUGGGAGUGAUGAUGGUAUGGGGGGUGACCGUGGAAAAAAACUUGAAUACAUUUUUUGGGAUUUGUUUUAUUUGUUCAUUGUUUCCGGGACAACGGGGUAAUAUUUUUACAUUGAUUUAUAGUUUUUGUUCCAUUAUGAUUAAAUCAGAUACUUGAUUUGCUGUUGGAUGGAGAGGCAGACAAUCUGUCAGAAAGUGUGUUUGUGUGCAUAUCUGAGGCAAUGGAUUGAAAACGGAGAAGGAGAGCUCGAUGGUUCACGAUCUGUGUGUAGAGCUGACCUAUUUGUUUAUUUAUUAAUGUGAAAAAUCUGUGUACAUGUGUUCAGAAAAGCACAAGAGAAUCUGCUGUCCUACGUCUGUAGACUAUUGUGUGUGUGUGUGUGUGAGCGAACGUGUGUGUGUACUUGUGUGUGUGUGUGUGAUGGAUGACUGAUGCUGAUGCACUGAAAUCUCUUCUCUGAUGUGAGAAGGUGGUUGCUGCACCACCUUGUGCACGCGUUUAAUCUGGUGUCAGUUUUUCCCUUUCUCUCUCUCUCUCUCUGGAGGUCUUAUCUCUCCUCCUCUCCUCUCCGCCGCUCCGUCUGCCCAUCUGACUUGUUAUUUCUCUUUAGUUUGUUCUCUCGCCAUUGUCCUGUGGAUCAUCUCUUAGUUGGAGCAUUAUUGUGACUCGUAAGGCAACGAUUCCCCCUGGUGGUGGGCAGAACUUAUACUUCACCUGGGUACACACACACACACACACACACACACACACACACACACACAGUCACAUCCUGAUGAUUUGUAAAUUGUACAGACUCAAUGCUAAUACCACCUUAAAAAUCUGUGGAUUAACCUGUAUAAAGAAAACCAACCAAUCAGAUCAAGCGAUUGCUGGAGGAACAUGGAACUCCACUGGAUGGGAAUGUGAUGUAUAGAAUAUUUUACUGAUUUUGGAGACAAAAUACUAUAUGAAUAUGUAUAAAUAUCUCUGUAUGUUAAAUUUGCAAUCUCAGGUUCCAUUGGACCAAAUAAAGUUUUUUAAUGAAUUAACUGUUAA